AUGCCGACAUUGCCAGAGGAGCGGCAGCAGCAGCAGGAGCAGCAGCAGCCGGGGCUUUCGAAGGAGGAGACGGCGGAUGACACGGUUGCGUCUAAUUAUAUCAAGACGGAGGUUGGUGAAAUGAAUACGGUUGACUCGAUGUGCCCUAAAUGCGGUGAAAACGGCGCGACACGUCUGAUGAUCACAAAUGUGCCACAUUUUAAGGAAGUUAUCGUGAGUAGCUUUGAGUGCCCGCACUGUGGUGAGAGGAAUAAUGAGGUGUCGUUUGGCGGCACCUUUGGCCCCAAGGCGGUUCGCUAUGAACUUGAAGUAAAGACGAAAAAAGAUUUGGAUCGCCAAGUUGUCAAGUCAGAUUUUGCGACUGUUCGAAUUCCUCAGCUGGAUUUGGAAAUUCCGCCAGAGUCGCAACGAGGCAUUCUUAACACUGUUGAAGGGUUUUUGGAGCAAACCGAAACUGGGCUUCAGCUACAGCAGCCACUGCGUCGCAUUCAGGAACCGGAGUUAUAUGAAAAACUAGAGAAAUUUUGUCAAAGGCUACGGGAGUACCGCACUGGCGAUAUUCCCUUUACCUUCACCAUUGAUGAUCCCGCCGGAAAUAGCUACGUUGAGGCCUACUAUGACUACUAUCACCCCACCAUUGACCCUCAGCUAACGCACUACGAAAAGGAACGGACAGAUGUGGAACGACAGAUAUUGGGGCUGGCGGUUGACUACAACACACGGAGAGACGAGGAGCAAGAGCGUGUGGUGGAGGAGGGACACUUUGACGAUGUGAUGCGCAUGGAAACAGAGUGCCCUGCCUGCAAGAAGCAGGGAUUUAUCAAUAUGCAACAAAUUGACAUUCCGUACUUUAAAGAAACUGUCAUCAUGGCAUUUCGUUGUGAAUUCUGCGGCUAUAAAAGUAAUGAGGUAAAGUCGGGGGGAAAAGUUUCUGACACGGGUCUGAAGAUUGAGCUGCGUGUUGAAGCGGAGGACGACCUGAAGCGGGAUGUUCUCAAGUCUGAAACUGCCACGCUGAAUAUUCCAGAGGUGGCGCUGGAGGUGGCGCCCGGCACGUUGGGGGGUUUUUUCUCCACUGUGGAGGGGACCAUCAUGAUGGUGCGAGAUCAGCUACGCAACCUGCCGCAGGCAGAGUUUGCAAAGGGAGACUCCGCCGACACAGAUGGGGAGUCGAAGACGUUAAUGGAGUUUGUGAAGGAACUCGAUGACCUGCUGCAGAUGAAGCGGCCUUUUACGUUUAUCCUUGACGAUCCUUUGGCGAACAUUUACGUGCAAAACCCGCGUGAGCAUCUGGCACCACCGGAGAACCAAGACCCACGGCUUACCAAGACGUCCUACGUGCGGACCUACGAGCAGGAUGAGGAUCUUGGAUUUCAUCAAAUGAAAGUUGACUGA